GCCGGCCUCUGGGACCUCCGCCGGCGGGUGGUCUUGCGGUGGGGCGACAUGGAGAGGGCGGCCUCGGCGCUGUGCGGCCGCGGAGGCGAGGUCGGCGGCAGCACCCGCGUCGCGGUCGCGGCCCUGCACUGCGAGCUGCGGGAGGGCGGCUACCGCCCCGGCUGCCCCGAGCUGUGCGUGCUCCUGCGGGCGCUGGGCCUGCCCUGCACCGAGACGGCCACCAUCUCCAGG